UGAGUUCAUUGUUUUUAUUAAUGUAGGUACCCACCCUGUACCGUGUUAUUAAGUUGAUUAUCCAGAGGGUAAACAUUUUGAGGAAACUACAGUGAAAUGUUGGUGAAAUGAAAAUAUAGGUCAAGCUUAUCAAAGACAGCCUGAUUUAGGCAACUAAGAAGCAGAGACGCACAAACCUUAAAUAAUUCAACUAAUCUUGGAAUUAAUUCACUAUGGCGAGAUGCAAAUUUAGAGAUGUGUUGUGGUAUUCUUUAUUGUUAAUUAACAUAUCAUUUGCAGUAGAUGCCUCCAAAUUAAACGUUCCGAGGGUUCUAUUACCCUUAUUUAAUCAGUUUUCCACAAAUUUUACUUUGGAAGUAUCUGAGGACGGAUGUUACAAAUGGACUUCAUCAAGGCCCGACAUAGUCCAAGUAUCACCUCUCGAUGCAGACAUUGACAAUGGCUGCUCGGUCAAAGCGGUUGUGUCGGCAAUCACCAAAGAACCGACAAGAAACACCAUCAUUGUACUGGCCGAGGAAGUGAGGACGGGAUACGUGCUGCGUUGUGAUGUCAUCGUCGAUGUUAUCAAGUCUCUAAGUAUUGUAACAACGACUCGCGAACUCUUCAUGGAAGAAGCUCCGGAGAUGUUUGAAGUGCGUGCUUACGAUAAUCAAGGAAACCAGUUCACGACUUUGGAGGGAGUGGAGUUUCAGUGGUACAUUGAGAAUUUCCAGACUCCAGCUGCAAGUCAAGUCCUUCGGUUCAUCACGUUUAUUGACUCACCGUACGAAGUUCCACAUUCCGUGGCCAAAUUUGACUCUUUGGGGCAGCGAGGCAGCAUGGUGCUGAUAGAAGGGGUGAAAACCGGAGCGGCCAAGGUGUCAGUGCAGCUUCCCCAUGCAGAGUACAGUGAUGUGGCAAAAGUAGAAGUCGUGUUGACCGUAGUGGCCAACCUGCUUCUAGACCCCCCAGACACUCAUAUUUUGGUUGGCGACACUGUCAAGUUUCGGCUCUUGCAGAUGCAGAAUGGCAGACUGGACGAGAUAUCGCUACCGUCUCCGCAGUAUGUACUGGAUGUAGAGGAUAGUGAUGUGAUCGUGAUUGACGCUUCGGUGUCUGUUGUGAGAGGUCUGCGUCUUGGACAAACUAGAGUGGUGUUGCGCGAUAGACACAGGGUACUGGAUGGGGAAACAGGUGUAGUCAAGCUACCUACAGCUACUGUUGUUGUAACAGAACCUGCUCAUUUACGUCUUGCACUGCAGCCACAUAACAACUGGGCUGUGUUAGUGGACGAGCCUUGCACCAUUCAAGUUCUGCUGUACGACAGGAACAACCACAAGAUCCACAUCGGAGACUCUGUCUACAUUCGGACAGAAGUCUCGGAGAGUUACUUCCGCACAACCGACAUGACCCGGAAUGGUACCGUGGUGGACGGUGUCACUGUUAAAGUCGGCACUGCACCAGUCACUGCUACUCUAGAGACGGUCCGUACUAUCGGCGGCACAGAGGUCAAGUUCAAACCUGUCAUAACCGCACAGGAGGACAUGUUGAUAUACCCGCGGUUGCAGGUUGUGCCUGAUCAUGUCAUCGUUCCAUGGGACCCCAGUGUAACCAAGUACGAGGUAGAACUAAAAGCUAGUGGUGGUGAUGGCACUUACAUCUGGAGAUCCUAUGAUACAUCAGUAGCCACAGUUUCUCAGUCUGGAAUUGUCAGAUCUCACAGCUUAGGAGAAACUCAAGUAGGCGUGGCAAUGUCUCGUAACCCUUCAAUCAAGGCUUUCUCUCACAUAGAAGUGUUGCCUCCUUCCCACCUGGAGAUCCUCAAACAUGUUCUAGAAGCUCCAGUUAUGAAGCCAAUCACUCUGCACAUCGUGUUGUAUGCAGAUAGGACUGACAAAAACGGAAACUUAGAACGAAUUCCGUUCACAAAUUGCCAACAAGUUCCGUUCAAAGUGGAGUUGUCGCAUGACAAUUUCUACCACAAUACGACUGCCCGCGCUAAACCUGUAGGUAAGGCUUGUGCAACAGUAACAGUGUUUGGCAAAAUAGUCGGAUCUACGAGGGUGAAAAUUUCGUAUAGAGUCAAAAAUGUGGUUUUGGAAGCGGCGACUGACGUGGCUGCCUAUAGUCCUUUGGAAGUGGUUCACCCUGAGAAGAGGGUUACUGUUUUGGCUUUGGGUACAUCAAGAGAUAUUGUAUGGAAAGGCGGACCACGAGUGUGGUUGGGUAGACCCGCAGAACAUGUACGUUCCAUAUCUGCCAACACGACUACAGGAAUACACAUAGGGGAAGUCACCUCAGCGAGCCCGUCAGAGUUCUAUGUUUACUCGGUGGUGUGUAAAGUCAUUGGGGAAUACAGUGUAGAGCUCUCAGUUAAAAAUGCUGCAGUUGAUGGGAACUCGAAGUACAGAGAAAGCGUUUCUACUGUAAAAGUUGUCUGUGCGAACCCUCGUUUUAUUUCAUUCUCUCCUGAAACACCUGUCAAUGAGUCCUGUCCUUACAGCGCAGACUCGACCCGAAUGGUCGCCUUGAACUAUGAACCAAUCAAAAUCAUUGUGACAAUCACCGAUGCCCUAGGAAGAGUUUUUGACAACGCUACUAGCUACAAUAUAGAUUGGUAUUUAUCUAGUAGCUCAUUGGGGUAUGUACAAUUUGAUGGUAUGGUCGUUCUAGAAGAUGUGAAAGAGUACAACUAUCUAAUACCACUGUAUCAUUACCAGAUAAUCCAUCCGAGAAACCAAACAGGCACACUUAUAGUGGAAGCUACUGUCAAGAGCUACAAAAUGGUGAUGCUAAGUUAUUUCAAAAUCACUCCUGACAUUCCUGUUUUUUGGGUUAAAAGUGAAGUGGGUGAAAGUCUUUCUUCAGUGAUUAAAAACUCGUUGACAAUUCUAUGGGUGGACGCCUCCCUAGUAACACCUGCACGAGCGACAGUGUUCAAUCAUCCCAACAACAAAGUUACACUGAGAGUCAGUCAUGGCUCGGGUUUCUUCAACAUCCAUCAGAGUUCUACAGACAUCGCAGAAGUUCAGUAUCACGAUGGUGUCAAGACUAUUGAAAUAUUCCCAAAAUCUGAUGGCCUUCUUCAUCUGAGAAUCGUUGAUCUGUGUCUGUCAUAUGACUCUCCAAUUGUUGAAAUACAGGUACUGAAGGUGGGCAGCAUGCAGGUCGAGAUGGUAGAUAGAGUACAGCAAGGCAGUACCAUUACUGCGGUGGUGUGGUUGUAUGACACAGUCGACAACGCACUCUCUGUGUCUGACUCUGAUCUACUAGAGCUGCGGCCUCAUCUAGAUAGUCAGCUGGUGACCAUCACACGUCUGACAGAUGACAACACGGACGGGCUUGUCAGGUUUAACAUCACCGGAUUGGAAUUAGGCUCGACGUCAAUAAGUUUCACCAGUGGCUAUGGAGAGAGGGAGAUACGCAGUCACCCUCAACCCCUCCAGGUGUUCCCUCCCUUGCGGCUGUUCCCUCAUCAGCUCACCCUCCCCGUGGGGGCGCUGUUCCAACUGACGACUGUGGGGGGACCCAAACCCGACACUGCUAUGGAGUUCACCUCAUCCGACUCAACUAUUGCUAAGGUUAAUGGAGCUGGCCUCAUAGAAGCACAGCGAGUGGGAGACAUGACUGUGACUGGUUCUGCCAUUGGUUACUACAAGUCUACUGGCAGCAAGGUGGUCUACAGCAAAGAUACAGUCAAUGUGCACGUCAUUCCACUUGAGGGUGUCAAGAUCCACAGUCCACUUGUGAAGCUACAGGUGGGCUGCAAGAUGCCUCUGUGGGCUGCUGGGAUACCUGACAAACUCACCCCACUGGUCCUGGGCUCUAUACAACCACCUCUAGUGUUCAGGUGGUCUACCUCCGUGCCGGACACUGUGCAACUACAAGAUGUCUUCCACGGGACAGGGCUCGAGGUGCCUGAAAAAGACAGAUUGUCUAUGAGAGUGCUUGGGCUCAAGCCUGGCCGAGUCACUGUACAUCUCAACGUAACCAUGAGGACAGCUCGGCACAACGUUGAGUUCUUUGACCAACUUGAUUUAGAGAUAUACGAGGAUCUGUCCCUCACCAAGCCUGACAACUACAAGGCGUCAACACUACUGAUGGCUCCGUUCUCUCAGAUGCAUCUACGCACCAACAAGGACUCUGUGAGUGACAUAACCUACAGUGUCGUCGGGUUGUCUGAGGACAGUCGUAGCACACAGAAUACAGCUCUCACACAGUCAGCUCCUGUGGUGUUGGUAAGCAAGUCAGGCACUGUGGCUGCGUUUGGUGUCCUCGGAUCCGCCUCGGUGCUCAUUCACUCGAUCGAGGACAACGGACUCAAACAGAAUCUGCCGGUCAACAUUGAGGUGAAGCCGGUCCACUAUGUGAUGCUGAAUGUAGAGACCAAGUUGUCUGUUGGUUCGGGCAAGGUAAUCACAGCCCUACCACGAGGACUAGACCUGCAGUUUGUAUUGAGCUAUCAUGACACUGCAGGGCAAGUGUUUGCUGCCACACGCACGGACAUUCGCACCCAGCAGAACAGAUUUGACUGUGUUAAGGUAGUGCGGGGAGAAGUGAACGGAACUGUGGUAGCCAGUCUGGUAGACUAUUGCUCAUCAGUGCUAAAAGUUUGGGAUGCUGGCACCAUCAAGGUAGCGCAAGACUAUGUCAAACUGAGAGUUGACCAUCUGAUCAGUCCAUCCAAGAGUGAGAUGACUGUUGGAGACGUGGCGUGUUUCUCCAUGCCGCUACUAGACAGGUCGGGUGAGGCGGGUGAGUGGACCUCGGGUGCACCCGAGGUGCUGACUAUGGAGGCACCCACGGGUGUGGCUCGGGCUGUGAGGCCUGGUCAGGCACUCGUCAGGUACAAGUUGAAGAACUCCAUAACUACAUCCACUCUGAUACGUGUGCACCCGAUACAGGCGAUAGUGUUUUUGUCGCUGAACAACCGUAACUUGACCAACUGGGGAUCAUUCUCAGUGCCGCUGCUACUGCUCAGUGACCAUGAUUCUGUGGAGAAGUCAUCUAAUUUGGUGAGCCCCGCUUGCCCCGCCUUAGCCUCUACCAAGCCCCAACAGCUGCCCUUUAGCUGCGAGAUACGGUUCAACAGCCCCAUGACCCCCGUAGACAUACACCAUGUGUUCAACGUACAACCCAGCUUUGACACCCACACUGGACUGUACUCGUGCUACUUUGAAGCUCUAGGAGCUGUCUCUGCCAACACCAGUGUACUGUCUUCAAACGUGACUUUGCGAGCCAUCAGUGACUCCUUGGUGUCUGAACCUCUAGUGAUACCGUUCCUACCCUCAGUAUACCUCCCUACGCAGGAGUUGCUACUGACAGAUCAUCAGAGCUGGGUGUUGUUGUCUGUCAUAGGAGUACCUCAGGUGCUGGCUCAUGUACAGGUAUGUCUACAUCAGUGUCUGAACCUCUAGUGAUACCGUUCCUACCCUCAGUAUACCUCCCUACGCAGGAGUUGUUACUGACAGAUCAUCAGAGCUGGGUGUUGUUGUCUGUCAUAGGAGUACCUCAGGUGCU